UUCAGUGCUGUGAGUGGACCAUCAAAGAGCAGCAGCAGCGGUAUUAGGACCGACACUGUCGAGAAGAUCGAAAGGGUCGAGGAGACAAAAACUGAAGCUGCAAGACACAGGGGAGAGGAAGAAGGAAAAGGAUCAGGCACCCUCAUGGAACGCCUGGGACGAGGAGCGAGCGUGUGAAGUUACAGUUACAGUUGGUUCUGGUGGAGUUUCACAUAUCAGUUAGAUUUUGAAAAACCCUGGAGCCUCGUCAGGGAGCAUGAAGCUCAGUGGGACCGUCCUGAAACUGGAGUUCACAGAGACCGAGCAUUUAAACAACACAACGGUGACACCACUGCAAACAAACACAACAGAUUCAGGAGUGUCAGAGCCCUCCCCUUCACCACCACAGCUGGAGAGAGGCCGGGCCCAGUGUUCGAUCUGUGCAGACAGAGCCACAGGGAAACAUUACAGCGCCUCCAGCUGUGACGGCUGCAAGGGCUUCUUCAGGAGGAGCAUCCGCAACAACCACACUUACAACUGCAGGUUCAACAGUCAAUGCACGGUGGACAAAGACAAACGGAACCGGUGUCGUUACUGCAGACUGCAAAAGUGUUUCAAGGCUGGAAUGAGAAAAGAAGCUGUUCAGAAUGAGAGAGACUGCAUCAACAGUCACAGAGCCAAGGGACAGACAGUGGGCACUCUGUCCAUCACUAUGCUCCAGCGGGCAGAGGCCAGCGUAACACAGUGGACUCACACAUUUGGCUUUUGCUGCUGUCAGUUUCCAGCUCCGGUCUCACCCAUCAGUGAUGACAUCAACACCAAGAAGACGGCCUGCGUGGGUGACGUGUUUCACUCCAUGAAGCAGCAACUCCUCCUGCUGGUGGAGUGGGCAAAACACAUCCCCGAGUUCUGCAGCCUCCCUUUGGACGACAGGGUGACCUUGCUACGAACCCACUCUGCAGAGCAUCUUAUUCUCGGGGCUGCACGCCGCUCUUUGCCUUGCAACAAUCUCAUUCUUCUAGGCAACGACUUUGUGAUUCCCCUGAGAGGCGCCCAGACAGAGGUGUCCAGAGUGGCUUUCAGGAUCCAAGAGGAGCUGGUCAAACCUCUCAGAGAGCUGGACAUCGCAGACACAGAGUUUGCUUGUCUCAAAGCCAUCGUCUUCUUCAGCCCGGACUGUCCAGGUUUGGAGAGUCCUCAUCUCGUUCGACAUCUGCGGUUCCAGGCCCAGCUGCUGCUGGAGGAGGCGACCUGUGAGCAGAGGGGAAGGUUCGGGGAGCUCCUGCUGAUCCUGCCCGCCCUGCAGAGUGUGGCCUGGCAGAUGGUGGAGACGCUGCACUUAGCACAGCUGCUGGGUGAAGCCAGAAUGGACAGCCUGUUGCAGGAGAUGCUGCUGGGAGAAGGUACAGUUUCUCCUCUUCCUUCAGACAACAGUGAGCAGCAAAGAGCUUCACCUUCAAACCAGAUCUCUGCCAUGUCCCACGUCUCAACAUCUCCUCCAGGCGUUUCUCCUGCUGCCCACGCAGACUAAACUGAGGUGCACGGACACAUCACUGCUGCCAACGUGACCCCGACAUGUACCAGUGGCACCUGUCUGCAAGAAACGUCCAAAAACAACAACUUGUCCAGGGAAUGGAGUGUAAUGAGCUUGAGACAACACAUACUUAAAUAUUCACACACAUCCACAUUGUACAUACAUAUACCAGUACUGUCACCCACUGUAAAAAUACUUGUUACUUGUUUACUUGGAUCCACAGGAGUGAUGCUAUAAUCCUUCCUAAUUUAAUAAUUAUAAUAAUUAGAAGAAGAAGAAGAAGAACGUUAUUUGUACAGCACUUAUCUAAACAAGGUUACGAAGUGCUUCACACAAAAGUCCAUGGCAAAUUGAAGAAUCCAUUUUAAUAAAAGAUAUUCUGUUCGGUCAUAUUAAAGACACAAAUCAUAACAUAAUAAGGUUGAGACCUUGAGUUUGUAGAGAAAACCCAACAGCUUUAAUCUUGUGUUUUUGUGUGUAAUAUUGUUAAUUUAUCUUAGACAAGAUAUAAAUAAAGUUUCACCUGUUUCACCAUGCAAGUGAAUCACUGGAUCAACAACAUUUAGUGCAUGACUGUAAAUGAAAGUGUCUGACAUAUGCAAAUAGGUGCAUUCCACUGAACUGUAUAAGCACAAUUAAAUCAGUGCAACACAU